AUGCUCACAGAAGUAUAAGGCGCUAGACCUCAGUCAGCUAAAAAACGAGUCAAAGAAAGAAGCGUACUGGAUGCUCUUCACAGGGUUAGAGAAUGGAGAAGGAUAUUUGAGCAAGGGAAAUCUUAAUAGAAUACAAACUAACCAAGAAUUAGUCUGCAAGAAGCAGCCAAUCUUGUUUAAAUCCCAAAGAAAACUUUAGAAGACUAUGUUCAAAUAUUUAAAAAAGUUAAUUUGAUAUGUAGGAUUGAAGACUUUGGUAAUAAGAGAAUGGGAUUUCUUAGAAAAUUAAUACAAAUAAAUUAAGCGUAUAUUAAAACAGUUGCUCAUAUAAGAAAGUAAAAAAAAAAUCAAUUUAACAAUGCCAAAAAAGAGGAUCCAUAUUAAAGUAAAAUUAAGAUUGAAUUCGAACAUAAUGCCGACGUUUAAAAUAUCAAAGAAGAGUAAUUAGAAACCGUUACAAUAUAAGAGGUCAAGUAAGAGGUAAAAUAGGAGGAAUAACAGCCAAAACUAAUUUUCAACUGA